AUGGCUGGGAAAGCCAGAGAAGCCACAGUUUUUGUGGUUGAUGUCGGCGAGUCGAUGCAAGCGACCUUCGCUGAAGCAAGCGACGGUAACAAGGUGACUCGCGCACAGACAGCCGUCGGCAUAGCCUCAAAACUUGUGCAGCAUCGCCUCUUCUUCGCUCCCAAGCAUGAGGUUGGCGUCGUUUUCUUCGGAACCUCCGACACCAACAACGAUCUGCAGGACGAUGGCUAUGCCAACGUCUAUGUCUGCAGAGAUCGCAAAAUCGACGUGCCGUAUGUGGACGCGCUUACCGGCGUGUCCAACGCACCUCCUGGCGGAAAAGGCUCCGAUUCUGUAAACGCCCUCAUCGUAGCGCUGGACCUGAUGAUCAAACGGACAAAGGAUUUGAAAUACGAGAAAUCCAUUGUCCUGAUCACGCACGGGUCCUCGGCUCAGUUUGGUGAUCCGGACCUCCUCGAAUGCGCCUAUGCAGCACUAGGCAGCUGUGAGAAAGGAGGCUGCUGCAAACAGGAUCAGAACGGGCAGCAUCCACACUGA